CAAGCAGCAGAUCCCAGAGCUGCUGGAUCAAGUGGACAAGAUGAGACGGUCAGAACCUCACAGCUACACCAGAGAAACAUUCGCUCGAGCUCAAAUGGAAAAGAUCAUAGAACAAGAGGCUGAAAUCAGGAAACUGAAACAGUCUGUUGUGAUCACUGGUGAUGACAAGCAGCAGAGCUCAGAGGUUCUCAGGAUUGUGCUGAUUGGGAAGACUGGCAGUGGAAAGAGCUCUUCAGGAAACACCAUCCUGGGGACAAAACCGUUUAAAGCCAAAUCAAGUCAAAAAUCAAUCACCAAACGUUGUCAGAAAGAAGUGGGUCAAGUGGACGGACGUCCUGUUGUCGUGGUCGACACUCCUGGACUGUUUGACACAAAUACGUCUGAAGAAGACGUCCAUGAAGAGAUGGUGAAAUGCGUCAGUCUUCUGUCUCCAGGACCACAUGUCUUCCUGCUGGUGAUACAGAUCGGCAGAUUCACACCAGAGGAGAAGGAGACAAUCAAAUUAAUCAAGAAAGGUUUUGGAAAGAAUUCUGACAAGUUUACCAUCAUUCUUUUAACUGGAGGAGAUAAACUGGUGAAGGAAGGGCAGUUGAUUGAAGAUUACAUUGAAGAAGAAUGUGAUGAUUCAUUCAAGAAGCUAAUUGAUGAGUGUGGAGGAAGAUUCCACGUGUUUAAUAAUGAAGAUAAAGACAAUCGCAAACAAGUCAGUGAGCUGAUAACAGAGAUCGACACCAUGGUGAAGGAAAAUGGAGGAAAAUGCUUCACCAACGAGAUGCUUCAAGAAGCUGAAGCAGCGAUACAGAAAGAAGUGAAGAGAAUCUUGAAGGCGAAGGAAGAAGAGAUGAGACGAGAGAUGGAGGAGCUUGAGAGAAAACAUGAAGAAGAAAUGAACGAGAUUAAAAGAAGAAUGGAAAAAGAGAAAGAAGAAAUUCAGCAGGAAAGAGACCUGAGGCUCAAAGAAAUGGAGGAAAAGAUCAACAAGGAGCGUGAGCAGAGAAAGAAGGAACAGGAAAAUAGAGAGAAAGAAGAAAGGAAAAGAGNUAACCAUUACAUAUACACCCGGAUCAUCUGCCAUCCUCACCAAACCACUCCAUCUGCCGGCGACUCCUGCCACUCGGAACCAGAUCCUCCUUCACCUGCCUGCCACCUGUCCAUUCUCGUCAGCUCAUCAGGCCCGACGCUACUCCACCACUACGGCUCCGUCUGUUCACCAGUACCAGCUCCGCUCACCUUCCCCUCCCUGGAUUCCUCAGCGUCCGCUCCUGGUCUCCACCUGCCUCUCCACCUGCCUCUCCACCGCAGCCGCGGCAACGCCAAUCCCUCUCCACUACCACACCUUCCUCCCUGCUUCCCCUCUCUCUCGUCCGGCUCUCGUCAG